GCAAAUCGUUGAACGCAUUGAACAGUGUUUUUGUCGGUCUCUCAGAGACUCUCAUUGUAUGCAUUGAUUGUGUGUUUUGUGCGAAUCGAGUGAACCAUAGGAUCCCAUAUCAAAGGCGACGUGUCUUCGCGUAUUUGAUCCCACAUUUUGAUCGCGUAUUUGUGGCCACACUUUUGGGCAGACGUUCGGCACUGAAGGAGUGAUGUCUGAUCUGUCGGUAGAGUUGGACAGAGAGGAGGAGAGGGAGGACUCGGGCCACGAGAACGGAGGCGAUGGCGAGAGCGCCGGCGCUUUGGCCGACGACGAGCGCAACGACUCGUCCGUUCAGUCCAUGCAUUCCAACGCCGACCACAACAACGCCCACAACACCACUGACGCCACCGAAGACCCGGAGCUCGAGGCCAUCAAAGCGCGCGUCCGUGAGAUGGAAGAAGAGGCCGAACGCCUGAAGAUCAUGCAGGAAGUGAUGAACGAUGAGGACAAACACGACUCCGACAGUCCUAAUGCGAGCAUUUCUGGGAUGUCUAUCGAGGAGAAGAUGGAAGUGGACGGACGCUCUGUAUAUGUGGGCAAUGUGGACUACUCGGCGACGGCCGACGAUUUGGAGCGACACUUUCACGGCUGCGGAUCUGUUAAUAGAGUGACAAUACUUUGUGAUAAAUUUACUGGACAUCCAAAAGGAUUUGCUUACAUUGAAUUUGCGGACAAGGAUUCGGUAGAGACGGCCACUGCUCUCGACGAGUCACUGUUCAAAGGCCGACAAAUUCGGGUUUCGGCGAAACGAACAAAUAGGCCGGGAAUCAGUUCGACGAAUCGGCCGCCGAGGGGUUCCCGAGGCUCCAGACGGGGCGCAUAUAUGGGUCGAAGCGCCCCCUGGUUUGGUGGCAGACCUUCCAGAAGAUCUCGUGGAAGAGGCGGUUGGUUUGGAUACAGCCCUUAUUGAAGGGCUCUUUUGGUAUAGUAUUCAGCGGUUUAUAAAGAAUACAAUCGUAUCUCUCAGCCAUUCAUUCACUUUUCAUAAUUCAUUAUAAUAUUUCACUUAAUGGUUACCAUAAAAUCCCAUAACAUCUGAUGCAGAGAGUAAUGAUUAAAUGAAUGGACACAUCGUUUUAACCAAAAAAAAUGAUAAAAUAUGACAAUUAAAAAAGAAAAAACUAAAAAAUGUAAAAAAUGAAUAAAAAAUGUAAUUUAUAAAAAAGAAUUGAAAAAAAUAUUUGAAUUUAAAAAC